AUGAACUGGGUUCGCGGUCCCUCACUAGGCAGUGGAACCUUUGCCACCGUCGACUUAGCUAUACACACACAACACUCCGUUAACUUUCCGUCUCUUACCGCCGUCAAAUCCGCUUAUGCUUACAAUUCUUAUUAUCUCCUAAACGAGAAACAUAUACUCGAUCGUUUAGGAUCUUCCCCAUUUAUUGUCAAGUGUUUUGGCCACGAUCAAACUCUUGAAAACGGCGUAAAAUUUUAUAAUAUUUUUCUAGAGUAUGCCGCCGGUGGAACACUCUCCGAUCAGCUCAAGAAUCACGGCGGUAAGUUCCCCGAAACUCUCGUUCGCCGUUACACCAAGUCUAUUGUCAAAGGACUUAAACACAUUCACGAAAAUGGUUUUGUUCAUUGCGACUUGAAGCUACAAAACAUUCUUGUAUUCGACGAUGACAACAUUAAAAUUUCGGAUUUUGGUCUUUCAAAAGCGAAAGGAUUAAAACUUUGUGAAAACUGGGAGUGCAGAGGAACUCCUAUGUUUAUGUCACCAGAAUCAGUGAACGAUAAUGUGUAUGAGUCUCCGACUGAUAUCUGGGCACUUGGCUGCACCGUCGUUGAGAUGGUUACCGGAAAAUCAGCAUGGAAUGUGGGUGAUAAUGAUAAUAUUUGGUCGUUGUUUGUUCGAAUUGGGAUUGGAGAAGAAUUGCCGUUGAUUCCGAAUGAAUUAUCAGAUGAAGGAAAAGAUUUUCUUGAAAAGUGUUUUGUUAAGGAUCAUUUAAAAAGAUGGAAUGCUGAAAUGCUUUUGAAACAUCCUUUUAUUUUCGAGGAUGAUGAAACUAUUUCAUCGUCAUCGUCUGAUAGUGGCGAGUCUGACGAUGAAAUUAUUUUCACCAUCUCGGAUAACCAACUUCGAUUUUCUUUCAAUGGGCUUUUUCAGUUUUAAGAACAGUUACGACGGUGCCUCAAAUUUUGGAUGAAUCGGAAUCUGAGCAUGUUUUACUUCGCCGGCAGAGAAACUACGACUACUAGUCAUAGAACAAAGAACAUUAGAUUGGUCGGAACAAAGA